GUUUGGUGACACUUGUGCGCCCCGCCUGUUGGAACCUGAUUCAAUUUAGUCCAAGUCUUUGGCUGCGUGGAGUUGUGAGUAUCUGAGGAGUCAAUGAUCCCCGAGGGACUACGCGAUGUAAAGGAUGACAUGAGUUUACGCUGAGAUUUGGGAUUUGUUAGAACAAGGCACCUUAAGUCGUUGGAGAGGACUUUUUUUUUUUUUAUAAGAGGAAACGCGUGUCGUAUGACAUAGAAAUAGUCACAACGAAGCGAUCUAGGAUGCGGAAUGGGAGAACAAUCCGAUAUGUCGUUUAAAACUACGGGCUCCACAUGGCUGAGUCCUCUAAGCGAUUUGGUUGGAAUUCCUUUGGAUCAGGUGAAUUUCAUCAUCUGCCAGGUGUUUGGCCUCGUCAUUGCCUUUUGGUUUCGGCUGUGCCUCCACCCUCAGCGUGCGGGUCCGGCGCUGCGCCAUGCUGUGGCCACCCUGCUGGGAGCAUCGCUCGUCAUAUUCUGCUUUGGAUGGUAUGCGUUUCACAUCUUCAUCCUGACACUGGCCUGCUACGUCAUCCUGUGCCAAGUCAGCGCGUGCACCGUUCACUGGUACUCCCUGAUUGUGGCCCUGGGCUACCUCACGGCAUGUCAGGUUAGCAGGGUGUUCAUCUUCAACUACGGCAUCCUGUCCACCGACUUCUCCGGGCCACUGAUGAUGAUAACACAGAAAAUCACAACUGUAGCCUUUCAGGUUCACGAUGGUAUGGGCCGGAAGCAAGAUGACCUGACCCCAGAGCAGAGACGACUGGCUGUAACCGCCAGGCCUUCCCUGCUGGAGUACCUCAGCUACAACCUGAACUUCCUGAGCAUCCUCGUGGGGCCGUGCAGUAACUACCACGACUAUAUCGACUUCAUAGAGGGCCGACACGUGUGGCGGAAGCUGGAGAGGCUGCGGCAGGGCAGCGAUCUGGAGCACGAUGGCUACGUUUCACUUCCGGAACCUUCACCCGUGCGGGCUGUGUGUCAAAAGCUGCUGGUGUGUGUUGGCUGUGUCGUCUGGUUCUUCGUCGUCACCCGGUCCUUCCCCAUCGUGCACAACGUGGACCCCCAGUUUGUGAGCCAGACACCGUUCCUGAGCAGACUGGCCUACGCCUUCGUGUCCAUCCAGGCCGCGCGGCCCAAGUUCUACUUCGCGUGGACCCUGGCUGAUGCCAUCCACAACGCGGCCGGCUACGGGAUCAGUGGGAUGGACGAUAAGGGCAGGGUGUCUUGGGACCUCGUCUCCAACAUCCAUAUUUGGGAGAUAGAGACCGCAACCAGCUUUAAAAGUUUUGUCGACAACUGGAAUAUUCAGACUGGGGCGUGGCUAAAGAGUGUGUGUUAUGACCGUGCUCCACAUUACCGGACGCCGCUCACCUUUGUGCUGUCAGCACUGUGGCAUGGAGUUUAUCCAGGAUACUACUUCACCUUCCUCACUGGCAUUCCCAUCACCCUCGCUGCUCGUGCUGUACGUAGGAACUUGCGUCCAUACUUCCUGGGCUCGCGCAGCGUGAAGCUGGCCUAUGAUGUGGUGACCUGGACAGCCACACAGUUCACUGUCUGCUACGCUGUCAUGCCGUUCCUGCUUCUGGCUGUGGAGCCUACACUGACCUACUACAGGUCCAUGUAUUUCCAUGUGCACGUCAUCAGCAUUCUGGCUGUGAUUCUCCUACCCAGCCGACCCAGAAUCGUCAAGCCUGGAAACCAUGUUCUCCUCUCCAAUAAUAAUGUGAAAGCAGAAUGAACCCUGGAGUGUGUGUGUGCGUGUGUGUGCGUGUGUGUGCGUGUGUGUGCGUGUGCGUGUGCGUGUGUGUGUGUGUGAGAGAGAGAAGCAGAGGGAUAGGCUGGACAAAGACUGCUCUGUGUGAACGAAACAAAGAGACCACGGCAGGGCCUUGACCAGCUGGGCUGGUUGGACAUCUUUUGCCCUCCCAGACAGGACGCUUGCCAAGGACACACUCCGUUCUCUCUCUCUCUCACUCACACACACACACACACACACACACACACACACACACACUCUCUCUCAACCCUCCGCAAUCCUAUGGUAGCUCGGUGCAUGAACACGCACCCAGAAGGCCGGUGCUACAGGUUUCUGUAUUGGAUUGUACAGGCAUCGUUGAAUUCACGGCGUCAAGCUGAACCACGGCCACCUGCAUAAGGAGCCCGCUGUAUGGAACGACUGAAUGAAGGCGCCGCACCUUUACUAAGUAAAUUAAUUCUGCCCUUGUUAAGGGUUUUUAAAACUUUAAACAUGUUGUACUAGACAGUUUGGAGAGAAGAGCCUAAUUGUACAAUAAUGUCUAAUGUCUAUUUAUUGUCUACAUAGCAUUCUAGUUACUGGAUUUGGUUUUGCAAGGAGCAGGAACACUGAUUUGUGGUACCUUUUUACAUUGUUUUGAAUAAAGAAUAAAGCUGUUUCAAAUAAUA